CUCUGCCAUCUUGCCUGAUCUCACUACUCACGCUCGUUGUUUAAAACUUCGAACAUCGUUUUUGACAUACAGUAUGGCUUUGUUGACUGACUUUUCCGCGAACUGGCCGGAAAAUUAACGUCUGAAUCGAGACAUUGCAAAAUUUAAGUUUCCUCCGCGGCCGGCGUUAAGUUCCCCAAGCUUCCUUUUUACGUGCACCUUACAAUUCGCUACUAUGAAUAACGCGGACGAUGUUAUAACAAGUAUAUACGACACCUUAUUGCACUUACGAUAUCCACACAUUACUAACGUGGAGUCGAGAGACCUGGAGGCAACGAUUCUCACUGGCGAAAAUCGGGUUUCUCUAUUGUCCUGGCUUCUGACGGAGAAGUCGCCGCCGUCGUCGAUUGUCGCCAAUUUAGGAAAGUUGAAGAACGAUGCUUUGGAAGAUCAGUUAUUUGAAUAUUACUCUCAGAUUGGGAUCUGCAAGAACAAGGAUAUGUUACUGGGUAAAUGUUCGUUGAAAGAGCAACUGCCAACUUUAAGAUUAUUGCUAGACUUCAUGAGAAAGGUGUACGUGGAACCUGUCGCAAGUACAAAUGAGACGGAAGAGAUAGAUAUUAUUAAGUUAUGCAUCGAUGACGCUCACCAGGCUCCCUUUCUUCCUGUCGUUGAACCAAAAAUGAGUUACGCAGAAGCUAUUAAAUAUCUUGAAGAGACUGAGAAAAAGAUGUUGGACAAUGAUUGUGGAGAAAUUAGAACUAACUUACCUGAAGACUUGCACACAGAGACUGAUGAUAGACUGGUUAGUGAAGAGCAGGAUGCGCUGUUCGACAAAACGAAUGAAAAGUUUAUCGAGGCGUUUCGCUCGAUUUCGUCUUGGCCGGUGAGAGCCAGGAGUUUGGACAAAAAUAUCUCCGAUUCCAUUUGUACGAACAUGAAAAGUAUAUGCUCCAACUUUGCCUCUUUGAAAAAGGUGCUGCGAGCAAAAGAAGAGAUAUCUAACGUGAAAUUAGCAAAGGGACUACCAGAGACCGCCGCACCUUUAAACGCAAUUAUAGAAGAUAUAAUAGUUUGCAACGAGCAACUCGAGAACCUAAACGGUGACUGAAUGAUCUUGUAUUUAUCUCGUGUAUGCAGCCAUGACUUAAUAUAAUUUAUGACGUUAAAUACUUAUGUAAUAUAAAAAAACAAUUAUCUAUUUAAAUAAUCCAUUAAUGCAUCAUAGAUUAUCAAUGCAGAGGAAGAUACUUUCGCAAGACUGAAAUAAAGAAAUCAAUAUAGGA